ACUAUGCAAGAUUGCAGGUGCCGGAGCACUGUCCCUGGGCGAGCUAGUUGUUGUUGAAGCAGGGUGGCUACUGAACAAGGAAUGACGACCUCUGCACUGGAACAGAGCAAUCUGGAUGUGUCUCACUUCCAUCACACUCCUUAUUAUUGUGAGGAGAAUGUAUACCUGCUUUGCAAGAAGUUAUGCGCUGAUGGAAUAGCAGAUGCUGACGGAUCUGAUCUUUUUGUUGUUUUCAUUUCCAAUGAAAAGAGACAGAUCGCGCUGUGGCAUCAAAAAGCUAGCAAAAGAGCAGAUGGGAUUGUUCUCUGGGAUUAUCAUGUCAUUUGUAUUCAGAGAAGUAGGGGAGGUGACUCACCUCUAGUGUGGGACUUGGAUUCAAGUCUUCUGUUCCCUUCACCUCUAGCUUCAUAUGUGUUGGAAACGAUUCGUCCAUCUUUUCAGCUAUUUCCCGAUUAUCAUAGGUUAUUCCGAGUUGUGCAUGCUCCAGUAUUUCUUCGUUGUUUUGCAUCUGAUAGAAGGCACAUGAAAGACCCUGAUGGAAAAUGGAUUGCAGAACCUCCUUUGCAUGAGCCCAUUGUCGCUGAAGAUGGAACAACACACAACCUGAAUGAAUACUUCACCAUAUCUGCUACCGAUGCCAAUGAUGCUAGCAUUGAUUCUAUCAAAGGUGCAGUUUUUACUCAGAAAUACGGUGUGGUGGUAAAGGAAAAUCGGCUGGAGGAAUUAUUCUCUCAGACCGCCUCACAGUAACUACCUUUUGAUUUCUGGACAUAUACAUACCAAUACUUGGCUUUAAAUGUUAAGAUGCCGGAGUUUCUUUCUAAAUUUUGGUGAACAUUAUUUCACAUGAAAUGUUUUUAAGUACAAUUGUGUGCGCUUGAGAUUGUGGGGGAGAAAUGUACCGAGGAAAGCUUAUCUAGCAUGAUUGUGUAUAUUUUAAACUCAAGGUUGUAAAUAAAAUGUUUACAAUUAUUCCCUGCGACCCCGCAAGUAAUGAUGAAAUGAAAAUAGGAUUCAUGUAA